AUGUGGAUUGAGAAUGUUUCUUGUGAUUUUAUUGCCAGCAUUGCAGGAAUUCAUAGAUCUUCGGUCUUUGAAAUCUGCGAUAAGCUACGAUCACUGGGUGUAUUAGAUUUAUAUUUAAAUAAGUUUGAUAAAAUUGGUAAAAAUAAUGCGAUAGUUGAAAUUGACUAA